AUGGCACCAGAAGUAGUUUUGGCUGAAUACAAAGACAGUGAACAACCAUAUUACGAUCAGAAAAUCGACGUUUGGGCAGUCGGUAUUACUGCUAUUGAGUUAGGUGACGGUAAACCACCGUACCUCGACAUCCACCCGACGAGGGCGUUGUUCCAAAUUGUUCGAAAUCCGCCCCCAGGACUAUCCAAACCGUCAAACUGGUCGCAAUUGUUUAAUGACUUCAUUGCCGAGUGCUUAGAAAAAAAUCCUGAUCACCGUCCAUGCAUGGAAGAGCUUUUAGAACAUCCGUUUAUAACUCAAGUUCCAGAAAAUGUACAACAAGAAGUCAAGUCAGUGAUGUCAUCAAUUGUUGACGACGUGACGUCUAUCCGAAAAUCAGAAGUCAGGAUUAUAAAAACUGGACUCUUAAAAGUGAAUCAAAAGGAACCUGCCAAACCCAUGCAUCUAGAAGAUUUAGCCGCGUUGAAAGAGGUGUCCGAAGAGACCGUUCUCGACGAAUUGCAAAAUCGCCAUUUGGACGGUCUGAGCUACACGUUUGUCGGUGACGUGCUGUUGUACUUGAACCCGAAUCGAGAUGAGCCUCUCUACGAGAAAAAGCACCAUUAUCGUUAUCAAUUCAAAUGUCGAUCCGAUAACGCGCCUCAUAUAUUUAGUGUGGCCGAUGCAGCUUAUCAAGACAUGCUACACCACGAACAGCCACAACACAUAUUGAUGGCGGGCGAAACUAAGUCGGGAAAAUCGUUGAAUUACGGGAAAUUAAUCGAACACUUGGUGUUCUUGGGAGAGCAAAACCACAUCAAAGUGAACGACAUCGGUUUGAAAAUAAAGUGCGCUAUAGACGUGAUUCAAGCAUUCGGAAACGCGGCCAACAAAUAUCACAUAAACUCCACUCGGCACGUGAAUCAGACGCAAAUUACGUAUUCUUCCACUGGCAAGAUCAGUGGUGCAAUAUUUUUCAUCUACCAGUUGGAGAAAUGGAGAGUAACAAACACCAAGUGUAGUGGACAAAAGAAUUUCCACGUGUUCUACGAUUUCUUGGAGGCGGCCAAAGCCGAUCAUGUUUUUAAGCAAUACCACUUGGAGGAGGACCAUCGAUAUCGGUACUUGGUGGGUGACGGUUCAGACGAGCGUUUUCGGUACCAACCCAAGUCAAACGUGAAAAACUUCAACAAACUGUUGACUUGCAUGAAGGACACGUUGGAGUUUACAGACGAACAGUUGAACACAACAUGGCACAUUUUGGCGGCCAUACUCAACCUUGGCGAGUUGAGCGUUUCCGACGAUGAUGAUGCCGAGACCAAGAUCGAAAGCGCCGAACUACUCACGAAGAUCGCCGAAUUGUUGGAAGUGGACUCGAAGAAACUGAGCUGGUCGUUGUUAAAUUACUGUGUGGUGGUCAACGGCACUGCGGUUCGUCGCAAGCAGACGGUUUCGGGGGUGUACGAGUGUUUGAGAGUGUUCUCCCAGACAUUGUACGCCAGACUGUUCGAUUGGAUAGUGAACGUCAUCAAUCUGAAACUAUCGUUCACCAGGGCCAUAUUCGGAGACACGCACGUGGUGUAUUUGAUGGACUCGUUCGGGUUCGAAUGUUUCCACCUGAACAAUUUGGAUCAACUGUACGUCAACUGUCUAAACGAGCAACUCCAGUACCAUUACAAUCAACGGAUGUUCGCUUGGGAAAUGCAAGACUUGGAGGAAGAGGGCAUGGACCAGUACAGCAUGCAGUACCGAAACAAUAAACCGAUAAUAGAUGCACUUAUGAAUAACCCAGAUGGACUUUUUUACAUGUUUGACGAUGCUACUAAAAACUGUGAAGAAAACUGUGAAUAUAUCACAAAUGCACUAGAGAUCAACCCCAAGGAACCAUACAUCCACGUGGCCAGUUCAAAGAGCUUUAGUGUGGCGCACUAUAGUGGCACCGUCUCGUAUCAACUGAAAGAUAUACUUGAAAAAAAUCGUGACUUCUUGGCACCUGAAGUUGUCGAGACAAUGCGUAUGUCCAAAGACAACGUGAUAAAGGACUUAUUCUCCAACCGGUUGACAAAAUCUGGAAAUCUAACUGUGUGCAGAGAGAAGACUUUAAUGGUAAAAACUAAAAACAGCAAAAUCAGUCGAUGGGGCGCUGCCUUGAUGUCAGAAAAAACUCCGAUUCGAAAGUACAACACGGAAUCCCGCGGCGAGUAUUCGCAAACGCGGCGCAUGCGCACUGCGUCUGCGGUUUAUCGGUCGAGCAGCAUGGAAAUCCUGCGGUCGCUGGCCGACACGGCCGAGCAAAAGAACGGCGUGCACUUUGUCCGAUGCUUGCGAGCGACGCUUACCGAUGAGCCACUUGGCUUCCAACCGGAAGUGGUCAGGCAGCAGAUAAAAGCGUUGUCUGUCGUCGAGACAGUGUCCGCCCGGCAGGACGGUUACUCGUGCCGGAUAUCAUUCCACGAGUUCAUACAGAGGUAUAAGUUUUUGGCAUUCGAUUUUUAUGAAAACGUUGAAGUCACCAAGGAAAACUGUCGACUAUUGCUGAUUCGUUUGAAAAUGGAAGGAUGGCUAAUUGGAAAGAGCAAAGUUUUUCUGCGGUACUACAACGAGGAAUAUUUGUCUAGGCUGUACGAGACCCAAGUGAAGAAAGUUGUAAAAGUACAGUCGAUGCUCAGAGCAUUCAUCACGAAAAGGAAAAUUCAACCGCAGUUGAUAAAACAACAAUCUGCGAAUAAACGAAAAUAUUCAAUGGCUCAUGAGGAAGCGGCACUAGUCAUACAAAAACAUUAUAAGGGAUAUCAAGUACGAAAUAAAAGCAGUUCGAUAAAAGUCGGCAAACUUGAUGCCGUAGGUCGUAAAAAACUAAAGAUGAUUAUUAAUAAAUGGAAAGGAAAAUCAAUUUAUCAAGUCGUAUUGUUGGAUCGAGCCAACAAACUUCAAGACGUUGUAUACUUUUCGUUGCAGGUGCAUUUGUACAACCAGCACGCGAUUAGUAACUUGAACAACAUGAACCACCGACCGGUUAUGCUGAAAGAUGUGAUGAGCACGACCAGCGUAAACGAAUUCUUGGGCAGCAAGAGGUGUUAUUUGUACAAGAUACCUUUCCAAUUGAAUCAAAUGGACACGGAAACCAAUCAGAAUAACUUGAUGGACGAAAAUAUGGUGAGUAAUGUGGACGACUGCAAUUGGGACUCUCCUCUGAAUCGUUUUCCAGAAGCUCGUACUGCGUUUAAAAUUUUGAAACACUCGUUCGCUGUCCGAGAUCAAGGCGUACAAGUGGAUAUUGCUCAAGGAGUACGAUUUUCCGAUCCCGAAUACAGUAAACCACAAUAUUUUGAGAACAAUCGUAUGCAACAAAAACAGGAUGAAAAACCAAUAAAACAACCUGUGAGAGACAACAGAUAUAGUGUGAAAGAGAAAAAUGAUUCGAAAGUGACCACUACAGUGAAUAAACCAAACAUAAAAAGACCAUCAGAUAAAUCAAAUCCUGUACUUGAACUCCAAUUAAAAGGUAAACAAUACCAGUCGGGUUACGCAGACGAAGACGAUCCUCCUUACAACUUUCAGGCGAUUUUGAAAAAGACCAACUACAAACGUCCGUCACUGGACGGUCGGACUAUAGAGUUCUCGUCCAGCGGCGACCGAAUGACGGACAGGUACGAUGGACGACGGAUAGAAGAAGAUUACGGUCGUAGGUCAGACUCAGACAACGUGAAACGGUCAAAGGACUACAAGAACGAGCUGAACAAUCAACUGUCCAGAGCAACGAGGACUGAGAUCAUACCGGGUGUGAUGCUCGAGGGCUCUUCUUGCGACCUUUAG